AUGAGGAUUUCCUUCACCGCCUCAGUGAUUGCCGCUGUCUGUUUGGCAUGCCCCAGUUCGGCCUUCACCCCUCGUGCUCUGCAGCCCUCCAGCAUUACCCCAAGCGUCAAUCUGCCAUCUGUUUCUGAUUCUGCGACUACCCAAAGAUCACACUCGAUUGCCCUCAAGGCUGCCGUGGAUGCCAAUGAAGCCCUGUACCAGAGAAAAACUCGUCCCGAGUAUAUUCCUGGUCGAAUUGACGAUCCCGACUAUGUCCGCAUCUUUGAUACUACCCUCCGUGAUGGAGAACAAUCUCCAGGCGCUACCCUGACUUCAGCAGAAAAACUGGAAAUUGCCCAAAAUUUGGCUCGUUUGGGAGUCGAUAUCAUUGAAGCUGGAUUCCCCAUUGCCUCUCCCGAUGACUUUAAUGCCGUCAAGCAAAUUGCCGAUAUCGUUGGAAACGACGUCUUUGACGAUGGGUACGUUCCCGUCAUUUGUGGUCUCAGUCGCGCCAAUGACCGAGAUAUUCAGGCCGCAUGGGAUGCCGUCAAGGGAGCCAUUCGACCCCGCGUACACACAUUCAUUGCCACCUCCCCCAUUCAUAUGGAAACCAAGCUCAACAAAACACCCGAUGAAGUUGUGGCUAUUGCCGUUCAUGCCGUAGAAUUUGCCAAAUCCCUGGGAUGCACCGAUAUCGAAUUUUCACCCGAAGAUGCCGGUCGAUCCGAUCCCGAGUUUCUAUACCGCAUCUUGUCGGAAGUCAUCAAAGCCGGUGCCACCACUCUCAAUAUCCCGGAUACUACGGGAUGGAACAUGCCAUGGGAAUUUGGUGCCUUGAUUAACAAACUGCGUGAAAAUGUAGAGGGUGCUGAGAAUGUCAUCUUUAGUACCCACUGUCAGAAUGAUCUGGGAUUGGCAACGGCCAAUUCUCUUGCCGGUGCUUUGAAUGGAGCACGACAGUUGGAAUGCACCAUUAAUGGAAUUGGGGAACGUGCUGGAAAUGCUUCUCUGGAAGAAAUCGUCAUGGCCUUGAGCCUCAAGGGAAGUACCCAUUUCGAUGAAGGCAUGGGAAUUGGUUCCGGCAAAUUGUACACGGCCAUUAAUCCCGUCCACAUCACCCCCACUUCUAAAAUGGUCUCGGAAUACACUGGCAUGGCCUGUCAACCACACAAGGCCAUUGUCGGAGCCAAUGCCUUUCAACACGAAUCCGGCAUCCAUCAAGAUGGCAUGAUCAAGAACAAGAGCACCUACGAAAUCAUGACACCCGAAUCGAUUGGACUCAUGCGCGGAGAACAACAGAGUGGUGCCGGUAUUGUGUUGGGCAAGCAUUCCGGGCGAAAUGCCGUGGGCACGCGUCUCAAGGAAUUGGGAUACGAUUUGGAUGUGGACAAACUCAAUGCCGUCUUUAAACGAUUCAAGCAAGUGGCCGAGCGCAAAAAGGGUGGAUUGGAAGACGAUGAUCUGGAAGCUCUGGUUUCCGAUCAAGCGGGAUUGUCCAAUCAGUUGUGGACCGUCACGGGCUUGCAAGUCUCCACGGGCAUGUCGGGAAUCCCCACUGCCACGGUGAAAAUGCUAGGACCGGAUGGAGUGGAACGAUACGUGGCAUGCACGGGAACCGGACCUGUCGAUGCCGUCUACAAGGCCAUUGAUCAAAUCACGGGAGUGUCGGUCAAUCUGGAAGCGUAUCAGUUGAGCUCUGUGACGGAAGGUAUCGAGGCCUUGGCAACCACCCGAGUCCAGAUCACCCCCAUUGAAGGUGGACCCAACGAUUCCUUGUCUCUUCAUUCACAAAGUGGCGUGAGCCGAAACCGAAAGUUCUCGGGAAUGGGAUCCGAUACCGACAUUAUCAUCGCCUCGGCACGUGCAUACACGUCUGCCCUGAACAAACUCUUGACAUGGAAUGUACGACGAAGAGAGCAAUCUACUGGGGGAGUCGUGGAUAUCAAUGGCAAGGACGAUAGUGGCAUUGGAGAUGCAGUUCCAGCCACGCAACCAGCAGUAUCAGUCGCGGCCGACCUUCAACAACACUCACCCUAG